GCGAGCAAAACACCAGCCACCCGAUCGAACGGUGAUCAUUUGUGUGUUUGGAGCUGUUAGAGUCACUUGCAUCUGCGCAGUGUAGAGCGUCGCAGACACCGGCCCAGCCCCAACAGCAAUCGCAACAGCAAACCAAGCCACACCAGGAUCCAGCUUCCUCGCAUUGCUGCCGCCUAGAAUCUUCAAUCAAUCACCACACACCGCCGCCGAAAAACACCGUUUGCAAACGGUUCUCAUCCUUUCCCUUCCUUUCGAACGGGUAACAGCAGCAGCAGCAGCAGCGAUGAAGCCGUUCCACAGCUGGAGUAGUGUGGUGACGAUCGCCACACUCGCCUUAUGCGCCGGUGUUGCGUUCGCUGCACCGAACGUGCGCGUCAAGCGAGGCGACGAACCCGAAGCCGUUAUCAUCGCGGAUGCCGAAUCCGCCGUCAACCCGCUCACGUCCCAGGAUGCGGUAGCCAUCGGCGACGACCUUGACCGUGACAAACGCAAAGUUCCCGACCCGAAGUACGAAACCAAGAAUGCCAUCCUAGGAUUCGUGUUUGGAAAAAUCAACUCGUUCAUUGACGCAAAGACGCGCUUCAUCGACAAGCUGGACCAUGCGAACAUUGAGAAGAACAAGCAGCAUCACAUCGAACCGCCAAAGCCGGUGCCAGACUUCCAGUCGCUCAUCUCGUCCGUCAUCACGCCGAAGGUGCAGUUCAUCACGUCCAAGAUCGGUUCGCUGAGCGGCAGCUUCCUGGGCGGUUCGUCCGGUGGCCAUAGCGGCGAUGACGACCAUCAUGGCAACGGUGGUGGCGGCGGUGCACCCCAGCUCGGUAACAUUGUCUCCUCGCUGCUGAAGCUUUCCGGACCGAUCCUGUCCGGCUCGUCCGGUUCGCAGCACGGCGGCUCGAACACGGUUUCGCUCGGCGAUCAUGACGAUGAUGAGUAGGAAGGCAAAGCAGGCCCAAAAAAUAGCAGCACCGAGCGGGGGGGUGGGUUUUUUUUUCGUGAGGAAGGGUUGGCUAAACAACCCCUUAAGUUUGCUCCUCCCCGAAAAGCUCAUUCAAAAACAAAAAGGGAAGCAAAAACCUCACGAAAAAACGCUCCCUGCAAGACACUCACAUACACUCAUUCUUGGUCACCCACACAUGCAUAAACAUUACACAUAUACGUACACGUACGUUAGGAUAUCGGAAUUGAUGCUUUUAUUUAAUUUGAUCGCCCAGUGCAAGAGGAAACCGUACAAUAUGUUUCGUUUCUGUAAGAAAGCAGCCUGCACGAAGCUUAGCAAAAUGAGCUAAAGAGAGAGAGAGAGAGGGAGAGAAAGAGAAAAACGCAAGAAUAAUAAGAGGGAUUAGUAAGGGACAUUUUUUAUGUACUCCUCGUUAUUUUAUUAUCUAACUCUAUCGCUUUAAUAACGCACCCCCCCCUCUGCUCGGGGGGCGGUGUACCCUUCUUCCUCUGCUGUCUUUUUUUUCUAUUACUUUCCUUCUAUCCUUUUUUUUAUUGUUUUUCUGCUAUAUUUUCCUUUUCUUACUAAUGCUUUCACUUUCGCUCUACCUUCUUGUUGAUUUAAUUAUUCGUUAAUUGGGGGGUUUUUUAUAGCCUGGUUGUUAGACAAAGUUAUUCCCAAAAUCAACUGACUAGCUAAAGCUGUUUGAAAAUGAGAAAAUGAAAGAGAGAAGAGGAACGAAAAAAAAAACAAAACGGGAACUUAGAUGUAGUUUGAGGUUAGGAACUACAGCAAACUUCCAUACAGUGCAGACCAUAAGUAUAGAACAGAGGUUUUUCCGGUAACGUAGAGACAGUUUUUUUUCUUAUGUUAAAGUAAGCUCAUCAUCAAAUCACACACACUUCUUAGAGAAACCAUUUUUUUCAUCCUUUACUUCAAUUUGUGUUGGUCAGCGUUACGUCACGAGCGCAGGAAAACAAAAAAAAAACACACAGUGCCAACGGAAGAAGAUUUUUGUUUUAGUAGCGACAGUAGGUUCCUUCAUUCAACAGUUCCUUUCCAUCAACGGCGCCUUUCGAUGAGCGAAUGGUUGUGUGAGAGAAAAAAAUAGAAAGAGUCACAGUAGGGAAACGUGAGGUUCGUCGCUUAUGUCCAACAAUAGAUAGCAUUUGUUAUUUUUGUUUUUUUUAAUUGAAUGGUUGUGGUAGGAAUUUUAGUAAAGCAAACAAAAAAAAUGACAAUUAAAAAAAUUUUUAGAGAAAAAAUAAUUAAAUGAAAAUCAUUGCCACAGGAUACCGGAUUUGUUCAGGGACAACAUUUUCAUACUUACACCUCGUGCACCUUUUUUGCUCGUAGACCGUCACGCCGAUACGAUAAAUUUCUCAUUUUCUCAAUGUGUAAAUAAUGGAUUAAUAAAAUGCAAAUCUUAUUCACAAAUUUA